CAUGAAAUAUUGAACGUAAUCACCUCUCAUUCCAGUCUAUGUUAGGUCCUAAUGGUGGGCGGAAUCGCAAACGCCCCGCCCCCUCCGGGUGAAGGGGCGGGCCGUGGGUCGUGACGCCAUCAGAGGGCGCCCGAGAACGGACCGGACUCGGAUAGGCGAUGUUGGACUUGUUGGCCGUCGGCGGCCUGGUGCUGCUUCGGGAUUCUGUAGAGUGGGAGGGGCGCAGUCUUUUGAAGGCACUUAUCAAGAAAUCUGCUCUGUGUGGGGAACAAGUCCAUAUCCUGAGCUGUGAGGUGAGCGAAGAAGAGUUUCGUGAAGGUUUUGACUCUGAUGUCAACAACCGGUUGGUUUACUAUGACCUCUUCAGAGACCCUCUCAACUGGUCAAAAACUGGGGAGGCCUUUCCUGGGGGACCCCUGGGAGCCUUGAGAGCCAUAUGCAAGAGGACAGAUUCUGGGCCUGUCACCAUUGCUCUUGAUUCACUCAGCUGGCUAUUGCUUCACCUUCCCUGCACCAUGCUCUGCCAGACCCUGCAUGCUCUGAGCCGUCAAGACGUCUGUCCUGGUGACAGCUCCCCAGUGAGGCAAGUACGUGUACUGGGCUUGCUACAUGAAGAGCUUCAUGGUCCAGGCCCCAUGGCAGCACUCAGCAGCCUUGCUCAGACUGAGGUGACUCUGAGUUGUACAAUGGGCCAAGCCUCCGCCCACAUCCACUGUCAGAGGCCCCGACAGCGCCCGACUCACCAGACUCAGUUGUUCUCCAUCCUGCCAGACUUCAGCCUGGAUCUCCAAGAGGGGCCCCCUCCAGAAUCCCAGCCCCACCUAGAUCCUCACACACCCCCGGUGGAUCCCAUGGCACAUUUGACUUUUAACCUUCGCCUGUCCAACAAAGAGAGAGAAGCCAAAGAUAGCCUGACCCUGCCCUUCCAGUUCAGCUCUGAAAAAAACAGCAGGCUCUACUGCACCCUGGGCCAGGUCAGACUACCAGUCACAUCUUCUAUGAGCCAGAUGCUUAUGAUGACCUGGACCAAGAAGACCCAGAUGACGACCUAGAUAUUUGAGUGGCCAGAUUGGACUGGGCUGUAAUUGGAGGGGGAAGGGGAAGACCUUAAGCCCGGUACCAUCAUUCUGUUGAUUUUGUUGGCCUUACCCUGCCCCCUCUUUGUUCCCUGUGACUAUGGAGGCCCUGCUCUCUGAGCCAGGAAGCAGCAUCUGAUAAUGACAGAAAGUGCAAUGAGGGCAUAGGUGAGAGAGAAUAGAAUACCCCCCAAUGCCUAAUAAAAUUUGUGUUUUUCUAUUAAAAAA